AUGCUCGUCCUCGCCAUGUGCCGGAUUUGUGAACCAAUAGCCUUUAUGUCGAUAUUUCCGUAUAUCUACUACAUGGUACGGGAUUUCGGCGUCAACGAGAAGGACAUCUCCUUUUACGCUGGAAUGGUGACCUCGGCUUUCACUUUUGCCGAGUUCUCGACGGGCAUGCUAUGGGGACGACUGAGCGACAAGAUUGGCCGUAAGCCUGUGCUGCUUACCGGCUUGGCCGGCACGGCCAUCAGCGUCCUGGUCUUUGGAUUCGCGCCCAACAUCUGGGUUGCACUCAUCGCGAGGGCCCUGGGCGGUCUGUUGAACGGCAACAUUGGCGUCCUGCAAACGACCGUGGCCGAGCUUGUCACUGUCAAGGAACAUCAGCCCCGUGCGUAUACGAUCAUGCCGCUGGUCUGGUGCCUAGGAUCUAUCGCAGGACCGAUGAUUGGCGGGAACCUCGCGCGGCCUUGCAUAAACAUGCCAAACAUCUUUCCGGCGGGGACCAUCUGGGAGAAAUACCCCUACCUGCUACCGAACCUCUUCAGUGCGGCAACGUGCGUCUUUGGCGUCAUCAUUGGAAUCCUGUUUCUCGAGGAAACCCACGCCGACAAGAAGAGCCGCCACGACCCGGGACUCGCCCUUGGCAAAUGCAUUGCGCGCUACUUCUCGCGGGAGCGCGAGGAACUGAAGUCAGACGAUGCUUCCGAAACGUCGUCGCUGCUCAGCCGCCAUGAGAGCCUGCCGGAUUACCGAACCACCGAGAACUCGCCCCUGCUCUCCUCGACGCCCGCGGCCGACAUGGAGGCGCAACCCCUUCUCGACACGGACGUGGUCGACAACCGCCUGCGAGCGUCGACCGAGAGGACGGAGAAGGUCACCAUCCCCGCCAGAGAGGCCUUCACGAGGCCGGUCAUCAUGAACAUUGUGUCAUACGGAAUAUUGGCAUUUCACACCAUGGCGUUCGACCAGCUUUUCCCCGUAUUCCUCAGCUCGCCCACGCCGAAGGAAGCGCAACCGAUGUCCCUGCCGUUCAAGUUUGUGGAUGGGUUCGAUAUGGACCAGAAGACAAUCGGCAUAAUCCUGUCCGUCCAGGGAAUCUACCAACUCUUCGCCACCGUCUUCCUCUUCCCGUUCGUCGUCAAGCGCAUCGGGACUCUCCACCUCUUCCGACUCCUCGCCAUGACCUACUUCUUCCUGUACUUCUUCACGCCGUACCUCGUCCUCCUGCCCGACAACCUGCGCAUGGUGGGCGUCUACAUCGUAGUGGUCUGGCGCUGCACGUUCUCGUCGAUGGCCUACCCCAGCAACGCCAUCCUGCUCACGAACUCGGCGCCGACGCUGCAGACCCUGGGGACGAUCAACGGAGUGGCGGCCUCGACGGCGAGCCUGUGCCGCGCCUUCGGACCGACCAUCACCGGCGCCCUGUACGCCGUGGGCCUCUCGACCGGGUACUCGGGCCUCGCGUGGUGGUGCAACGGGCUGGUGACCAUCGCGGGAGCCCUGUUCAGCUUCCAGAUCACGGAGCCCAAGGGCCGCAUGGAUGCCGAGAAGGUCGACGAGGACGAGGAGGCGGCCAACGAGGCGGCCACCGUGGCAGCCGCCAGCGAGCUGCAGCCCGAGGUCGUGCCCGGGCGACUCAGCAUCGACAUGGUGCGCCGCGCCAGCCAGGUCGACCUGUGA